AGGAGUUAUUAACGAUUAGAUAAAAAUUAGGAUGGCAAUAAUGUAUAGAUCCUUUGUAAAAAUAAAGGCGAGAAAGUCCAAAGGAUUGAUUGGGUCAUCCCCGAGGCAACCGAUGGGCAAACAAAAAUAAGCGAAGCAUCGAGCAGAGUUCCAGUUCGAAGACUAGCCUUGUCCAGAGAGCAGGCCGAUAUAUAGCCUCGUAUAGCCAAAAAUCGAGCCGUCAUCGUGUGUCCGUCAUUUCAAUAGGACGCUGUCAUUCGCCAACAAAUCGCGACGCGAUAGAAAAUCUAGAAAGGGGAAGGAGUACAGGGAAGAGUUUAACGGAGUGAUUCUCGACCAUGAACUUUGCUUUCCCUACGUUAAUCGCCUCCAUCAUUUACGUUCUUUCGCCUAAAUCCGCUCAAACUCCGGUCGAUGGUCAGACAAUAGAAAAUAAGCCGACGAGAAAAGGGACCGUAAUCAAUCCCAGGCCGGUUAACAUUUUCGUGAUCAACGACGAGGCCAACGGGAUAGCUAACGCGAGCAUAGAGGCGGCCCUGAAAACGCUUCGUGAUAAAUACCAAGGUCACUUAGGUCAAGUUUACUCGGUGCAAGCGAACGGAUCCGAUCCCCAGGAUUCUCUGCAUCGAAUAUGCGAUGCUUGGGAAAAAGCAAUCGGCAGAGGUACGGAUACUGCGCCGGAUUUCGUUCUAUCAACGGCGAUCGCCGGUUGGAGCGUCGAAGCGUCGAACUCGUUUUCGAGCGCACUCGGUUUGCCAACGUUGUCCGCUCAAUUUGGACAAGAAGAGGACUUACGAUAUUGGAGUAACUUGGACUACGAGAAGAGAUCCUAUCUCGUGCAGGUAAUGCCGCCGGCUGAUCUGGUGCCCGGGAUUAUUCGAAAAUUGGCCAUUUACCUUAAAAUCACAAACGCUGCGAUACUCUUCGACCGUAACUUCGACAUGAGUUACAAGUACGACAGUCUUCUGCUGAACGUACCGACGAGACACGUGAUAAACAUCAUCGCACAAACUGUCGACGACAUGAAGGAACAACUUUCGCGUAUGCGAGAUUUGGACGUCGUGAAUUAUUUUAUUCUGGGUGAGGGAAAGACCAUCGAUAUGGUCCUUAAAACCGCGGAAGCUUUAAAUUUUACCGGUCACAAGUACGGUUGGUUCGCCCUGACUAUGGAGAAAGAUAUUUGGCCAAAUUGCAAUUGCAAAAAUAUCAGUCUACUUUUCAUAAAACCGGAAUUGAGAGAUACGGAGGAUACGACGAGCGCCGACGAUUCUCUCGAAGCUGUUCUACCUAGUCCCUUUCUAUCGUCCGCCUUUUAUUACGACUUGACCUUGCUCGGCGUCGAAAGCAUGAAAUCCGCGAUAGAACGCGAGGAGUGGCCUCUACUACCUUCUCACAUCGGUUGCGACGAUUACAACGGUAACAACACACCUAGCAGAAAUUUUGAUUUUUUCGAGAAGCUUCGGGCUACGUCGAAGAAUAUGACGCCGACCUAUGCCGCUUUCAAAUGGGGUAAAAAGAACGGAGAGCACGGGGCCGAUUUCCGAAUGUCCAUCAAUUUGGUCUACAUCGAGAAAGAGAUUCUGACUUCCGCCGAAAAUAUCGGAAGUUGGUCGGCUGGAGUAGACUCACCAUUGGAGGUCGUCAACGAUAUUAUCGCAAACAGCACAGCGGUGACGAGCUACAGAGUCGUGACGGUGAUACAUCCGCCGUUCGUCAUGUACAAGGAAGAGACAGGCGAGUGGUAUGGCUUCUGCAUCGAUCUGCUCAACGAGAUACGCCAGACUGUCGAGUUCGAAUACGACAUACGAGCGAUAGAUAAUUACGGUGAGAUGAGCGAGAAUGGCAGUUGGAACGGUAUGAUAAAAGAGCUAAUGGAGAAACGAGCUGACAUCGCACUCGGUACUCUCUGGGUGAUGGCGGAGAGAGAAAAGGUCGUUGAUUUUACCGUCCCUUAUUACGACCUCGUUGGUUUAACGAUAAUGAUGUUGAAACCAAAAACUCAAACGUCCCUCUUCAAGUUCCUCACUGUUCUGGAAAACGAGGUUUGGUUUUGCAUACUCGCCGCUUACUUCUUCACGAGUUUCCUCAUGUGGGUCUUCGAUCGUUGGUCACCCUACAGCUAUCAAAAUAAUCGUGAAAAGUAUAAGGACGACGAGGAGAAGAGAGAGUUCAAUCUGAAGGAGUGUCUUUGGUUCUGUAUGACCUCGUUGACACCCCAGGGCGGUGGCGAGGCACCAAAAAAUCUCUCGGGACGGCUCGUCGCUGCUACAUGGUGGCUCUUUGGUUUCAUCAUAAUCGCCUCUUACACGGCGAAUCUCGCCGCGUUUCUUACGGUUUCUAGGCUCGACACGCCGAUCGAAUCCUUGGACGAUCUUAGCAAACAGUAUAAGAUUCAGUACGCGCCAGUUAAAAAUUCUGCGGCGUAUAUUUACUUCGAGAGGAUGGCUCACAUCGAGGCUCGAUUUUACGAAAUAUGGAAGGACAUGAGCUUGAACGAUAGCUUGUCGGAAGUGGAAAGGGCAAAAUUGGCCGUCUGGGAAUAUCCCGUCAGCGAUAAGUACACGAAAAUGUUUCAGGCUAUGAAAGAGGCUAACUUCCCUGCCAACGUGGAGGAGGCAAUUAGACGGGUUCUUCGUCUUGAUUCGAACAAUGAAUUUGCCUACAUCGAAGAUGCAUCGACGAUCAAGUAUCUCGCUAUGACGAAUUGCGAUGUUAUGCAAGUAGGAGAAGAAUUCUCGAGGAAGCCUUAUGCCAUCGCUGUGCAGCAAGGCUCACCGUUGAAAGAACAAUUUAACAAUGCCAUUCUAAUAUUGUUGAAUAAGAGGAAAUUGGAGAAGCUAAAGGACAAAUGGUGGAAACGUAAUCCCGAAAGGAAGGACUGCGGAAAGGAGGACGAGCAGAGCGACGAUGGAUUGGUUGCAAUAAAUAAACCGUACGGCAUAUCCGCUAGAAAGCUGUUGAUUGCAAAUAAAACUUGUUCCAAUACUUAUUCUACGGUACCAAAUGGCGUAGAUUAUACCUUGGACGAUAGUUUACAAUUUCUCGCAAAGAAAUUAGGAUACGCCAAAUUGAUUAUAGUUAAAACACCAGAAAAAUUUAUGAGCGGUGUAACGUUAUUAGCAGCGAACGAAAAGUUACAAGAUGCCAUUCGUACUUCCUAUCAAAGAGCAAUAGGAAUGCAACUUCUUAAUAAAACGUAUUGGAUCGUUACUUUAAGAGUACCAAAUCAAAUAAAAGGACGGGAACGCUUGUGUAUGUCAAAAGAGUUAAAUCGAUCUGAAACCAAGAGCACGAUAACGAUUGGAGAAAAAUGGAGUAGGAAUGCGGAAAAACGGAGAGAAAUAAAAGUGUUAAAUAUCGAAUUUGAAAUCAUCUCAAAUUCAACAAAUAAUUUAAGUUCCUUUAUAGAGAUAAAAUCGUCAACCACAAAAUGGCAUGCUCUACGAUUGUUUGCUUCCACCAGAUUAUAUACUCCAAUUCUGGGAGACAAUCUUUAUGGGUCAAGAAUACAGAAUAUCACGGGCAGAUGGGUAUUAUCAUUUCCAGAAGCGAAUAAUGACGCGCCACAAAUGAAUUCUGAGCUAUUAAAAAUAUUACAUUUAACUAAAGCUAAGCAAGAACUAAUACCUUGCCAUGUUCAUGCCCGAAGUGUAAUUUUACCAAAAUUCAAGGGUACGUAUUUGAGGUUAGAAGCACCCUUAACAUCGCCAUUCGACUGGACUUGCAAACAGUUAAAAUUUAAAAAUAUACCACUGUAAGAAGCAGAGAGUCUCCUCGUACAUAGCAUGACAUGUACAUACAUACCCAUGUAUCGUGGGAUAUUUAUAUUGCAUAUAAAUCGCACAUUGGACAUAUUUGUGAAUUAGAAAUAAUAAGAAAUAAAAGUACUACAUAGACAUUUAA